GAAAAACCAAAAAAAUAUUAGUUAAAUUGAUAUUAAAUAUAAGAUAAGGUGUAUUUUAUUGUACAUUAUAUUCUACAAAAUGUCAGUAAAAUGGACUGGUAUUCACAGUGAGUCAGGCAUAUUACGAAAGAGUGAGUUUAAAGAGAAGAAAGAAGAGUUAUUCGUGUUCGGCUACUCGUGCAAACUGUUCAGGGACGAUGAGAAAGCCCUGCACAUUGACCAAGGCAAGCACCUCAUACCGUGGAUGGGGGACGAAUCAUUGAAAAUCGACAGAUAUGACGCGCGCGGCGCCCUGCACGAGCUGGCGUCGCUGGAGGCGCCGCCCGGGGGCUACGACUGGCGCGUGGAGCUGACGCGCGCCGAGCGCCAUGCUGAGCUGCUCUGCGAUGAGGAGCGAUACCGCGCCCUGCACACUGACGAGGAUGAGGAGGAGAUGUACAAAGAGGAGGAGCUGAAGCGUCUGCACGCAGCGGGCUACGGGCAGGUGGGCUUCAAUUACGAGGCGGGCGCUCCCCAGUCACAACCGUCGGAGCCCCCGCCGCAGGAGGUGGACGAGCCCUUCCUGCCCAGCGACACAUUCAAGGCCCUCUUGCCUCCUCACAUUAUAUUGCCCGAGACCGAGAAACAGAAUGCAAUAAUUGAGAAGACGGCAAAGUUCAUAGCGAGCCAGGGUGCGCAGAUGGAAAUCCUGAUCAAGGCCAAGCAGGGGGACAACCCUCAGUUCCAGUUCCUCAGCAAGGAGUGCGCCCUGCACGCGUACUACGCUGCCCUCGUCGCGCUCGUCAAGACCGGCAAGUGGCCUGAGAAGCCCCCGCCACCUGUUGAAGAGAAACAUCCCGAGCCUAGUGAGGAUUAUCUUCAUCCGAGCUUGGCCUCUACUAUCAUUGAAUCUGCGCCCUCUAUCCCGAGCAUCGCGUACCGUCCGUCCGCAGACUGCGACUACACGCUGCUGGUGUCGCGUCUGCGGGGCUCCCCGCCGCCCCCGCCCCGCGGCACUCCGCCCCCGCCCGGCACCGCGCCCCUGCCCCCGCCCCCGCCCCCGCCCCCGCCCCCGCCCCCGCCCCUCGCCAGCCACGCGCACGCGCACAUCGAACGCGGCCCCGUGCUCUUCGCGCACGUUACAGCGGAGUCGAGUCAGCAAGUGCAGCCCGAGCAGCCGCCCCCCGCGCCCCCAGCACCCGCCCCGCCCCCCGCACCCGCCGCGCCCACAGCACCCCCCGCGCCCACCGUCAUCUCGGCCGCCGCCUCCACCGGCCUCAGCCUUAUGAAACACUACAACUCCGACACAGACUCGGAUACGGACGAGUCGUCGUCGAGGGAGUCGAAGGAGUCGCGCGGUGAGGAGGAGCCGCCGGAGGAGGUGCGGCUGGUCAUCGACAAGAUGGCGGCGUACGUCUCCCGCAACGGCGACCAGUUCGCGGACAUCGUGCGCGCCAAGCGGGACCCGCGCUUCGCCUUCCUGCAGCCGGCACAUGCGCACCACGCGUACUACACGCGUAUGCUGCGUCUGCGUCGCGCACACACCGCACACAAACCAGCACCAGCACAAGGUGUGGUAUCGUUUUCGAUCAAGAAGCACAAGGAGCCCGACCCCAUCCUGCCGAAGCCCGCGCUGCCCUACGAGUCCAGCUCCGAGGACGAGUCCGAGGGCUCCAAGCGCGAGCAGCGGCGGGAGCGGCCGGAGGAGAGCGAGCCGAGGAAUGCGCCCGCGCCGCUCGCCCUCCACAACAUGAUGCCCCCCGUCGUCGUCUACAAGCUGGAGGGCGGCCAGCACAACCACCUGCCCAUCGUCAAGUCCUUCGAGGCGGCGCCUGCAGUCAAGCAACCGCCCAAACCUGCGCCCCUCCUCGCGGAGGUGAACGAACCUCUUAAGGCUACAGAGAUGCCCGUCGUUCUUCCUGAAAAUCCGGUCAAAGUCACUCCUCCGAAAAUGGAGAAAAUCGAAGAAAACGUAGAAAAGAAGGAAGUUUUAUCGCAAAGGAGCGAAAGCGGUGCAAGCAAAAGUAAACAUAGGGAGAGUCCCGACAGGAGCGGGCGGGACAGGCGGCGCCGCGACCGCAAGAGGACGCAUCGCUCCAAGUCUGACAGCAGGGAGGUGAGGAGGGCCGACAGGAGGAGUGCGGAGAGAGAUCGCGAGAGGAGGGAUAAAGAGUACGAUAGAAACAAAAAGAAGAGGAAAGCGAGCAAAGAGGCGACCUACAGCGAGAUAAUUUCACUGGUGGACAACUCCGACGAUCUGAUAGACCUCACCGAGGAGCCGGCCGACUGCAAAGGAGGCGCGGAGGAGCUGCUGCGCCGCGCCGGCCUGCGCGCGCCCGCAGCACUGCCCACCACCAGCCUCGCCUCCGCCAUGGUGGACACGCUGGAGACGCUGCGCAAGAAGAAGGAGGAGGAGGAGGAGAAGCGACGACGACGUGACAAGCGAAGGCGCAGGGAGAGGCGAGAGCUGGAGGAGGCGGGGCGGCGGCGCGGAGGAGGACGACGCCGCAGGUCGUCAGCGGAGGAGCGCUCCGACUGCGAGGGGUCUAAAAGGAAAAAACGCAAAAAGGAUAAGAAACACAGCUCCCGCGACAAGAAGAAGAGAAGGAGGGAGAGCGAGGUGGAGGAGGAGGAGGAGGACCUGCCCAUCGAGAUCGACCUGACGAGCACGCUGCGGGGCCUGCGCACCGCCUCGCCCUCCCGCGACCUGGGCCUGGUGCCCGCCCCGACCCCACACUCGCGCUCCGACGACGAGGACGAGGAGGUGGGGGAGGAGGAGGAGAAUGGGAAGGUGAUGCGCGGCGGCAAGCGGCGGGAGGGCGGCGGGGGGCGCAGGCAGAGGCGCGAGUACAGCGAGGGCGAGUGCGACAGCGACAGCGGCGCAGCAUCCGACACCGACCUCUAGCGGCAACACUCUCAGACCUCAGACCUCAGACUUCACUGUACUGCAACACUGACCCUCUGACCACCAUUA